AUGGACGUACUCAACUCACUACGAACAAAUGGCAGCCAAGUCCAUUGCAUUGACAUGCACACCACCGGCGAGCCAACCCGCAUCAUCUACUCAGGCUUCCCCGAUCUCGAAGGCUCACUUCUUUCCAAACGCGAUCAAGCGAAGAAUCAAUACGAUGACAUUCGCAAACGUUUGAUGUCAGAGCCCCGUGGACACGAUGGUAUGUACGGUGCUAUCAUCAUCCCCGAGACGGAGCUAGUGCUCUCCGGGGAAGCUGAUAUCGGGGUUCUGUUCACCCAUAAUGAGGGGUACUCCACUAUGUGCGGACAUGCCACUAUGGCACUGGGCCGGUUUCUGGUCGAUACCCAUGACCUGAAUGUAUUUCCAAGAAGAGAGACCUUGAAGUUUGAUGCAGACAGCCAAAGUAUUAAGCUUAACCUGCACGCACCUUGCGGGUUGAUCAGGGUUACUGUGCCUACUACGCCGGACGGAAAGAAAUCCGAUCCUUCGCGAUCGGUAUCGUUCCUGUCUGUUCCUUCUUUUGCACCCGCUGUUCAACUUAAGAUUUCCAUCCCGCCGGAAGUUCGCUGGCCUGAACUUGGAACAAGGGACUCGAUCGUUUUGGAUCUCAGCUACGGAGGGGCGUACUACGCCCUCAUCGAUAUCGAAGAGCUCGGCUUCAAAACCUUGAAAGAUGUGGACCUCGAUGCUACUACGCGAUGUAGUCAGAAGUUAUUGCCCUAUCUCAGAACACAUCCGGAAAUUAUUUCCGCAAUCCAACACCCGGAGGACCCUCGUCUUUCGUUCCUCUAUUCUAUAAUGAUGGUGGACUCGAAAACAGGUUUCACCCCUGGCGACGUGGAUGGUACGGAGACUGGGCUUUGCUACUUUGCCGAUAGCCAAAUCGAUCGCUCGCCUACAGGAUCUUGCGUCGCAGCGCGCGUGGCGUUGGCGUAUGAGAAGGGCUUGAGGAAGCCUGGACAGCGCUGGGCGUAUAACUCAUUGGUGUCAAAUAAAUUUGGAGCCGGAGCGUUUACCGCUGAAAUCGCCAGCGAGGAUUCCAUCACUAAUACUCAGGGCAGGAGGGUUCGUUCUGUGGUUGCGAAAGUUGGCGGACAGGCCUUCUAUACCGGAGCGAUGACUUUCAUAGUGGAAGAUGAAGAUGUGGUAUCGAGUAGUGGAUUCACUAUGGCUGGUGUAGCAUCGUGA